CCCGUCGCCGCGCGCCUCGCCGCGGCCGCGCAACGCGCGACCGCCCCCUCUUGCGGCAGGCGCUCGGCCGUGCCCGGUGGCCGCCCACGUCUUCGGAGGGGCUGCGGGCGCGGCGGCCGCUGGCAUCGCCCUGGUGUGCAUCCCGCGGGCCGCGGCGGGGCCGCGGCCAUGA